AUGAGUCGGGCCGUUUCGCUCGACACCCUCGCUUAUAUCUCUGCCGCAGAACUUCAUGCCGCCAUUUCCAGCUUUGAAAUCAAAGAUGUCGAGAAGGCGUUGAAACUUCGUCUAGACCAAAGAGACAAAGAAACAAAGAGCUUGAGCAGGUUACUCCUAUUUCUCCCACAGCUCCUAGUGGAGUAUCUGAAGCUGAUUGAUGAAGCAUUGAAUUGA